CUGAAUGUAACAGUACAUAUUUGUAUAGCCUAUAUCCUUGAAGUAGAUAAAUAGUAGGAAUGUGGAAAGGCUCUAAACUGGGUGUUAUUUGAAGUUGUGGCUGUCAAUCUGCACAAUCAAAGGAUGGUCUGUAAAUUAGCCAUUUAGAACAUGAGCACUAACUUUAUAAUGCCUCUUUGGUUGCACAAAAUUUUGUCAGUCCCAAAGCAAAGCACUGAGAACACUGUAUUGGUCAAGUCAGACUUUCAUCAUCUAAUAUACUUUCCUGGAUAAUCUGUGGUAAACCUGAAAAUGCCUCAUUUGACAGAUUGGUCUUGCUAUGAGGUUCAAGCCCACCUGGAAAAUCCAAUGAGGUAUCACAUUCAGCAAAUUCCACAGAAUCAAGUGAAACCAUUCUUGACACUGGAUACCAAGUUAUCUAACCAAUCUCUAUCACUGCUUCAUUCCCAAUCUGUAUCUUCUUCAGGAUCUACACCUAUAAUAAAGAGUGGUCAUGUGCCACCUACUAGUAAUAUCAGCAUUCCUGAUAGUCCAGUAACGAAGAUACUAACUCUUGGAGGAGAACAUGAAAAUGGGAUGGAAGAAGUUAUUGAUGAUAUAAUCAACAUGGAAUCAAAUUUUAAUGAUGAAGGGAUAAGUCGUAUUGAAACACCACUGCUCAUGCCAAGAGUGCUUUCAAGUAGCAUUCUGGAUAUCUACAACAGUGACCAAGGAAUAACGGCUGCCAAUAUGGGUCCUUCUAAUUUGCCAGUUAAAAGGGAAAUCACAGAUACACACAGAAUCACAAAAGAGAGACUAAAAAAGGACAACCAUAAUCUCAUUGAAAGAAGAAGAAGGUAUAACAUUAAUUACCGGAUCAAAGAGCUUGGCACCCUUAUUCCAAAGUCUAAUGAUCCCGAUAUGCGCUGGAAUAAAGGAACUAUUUUAAAGGCAUCAGUGGAGUAUAUCAAGUGGUUACAGAAAGAACAACAGAAAGCUCAAGAAUUAGAGCAGAGGCAGAAGAAAUUAGAGCAGGCUAAUAGAAGAUUGUUGCUACGAAUUCAGGAGCUAGAAAUACAAGCACAUGCCCAUGGACUACCAAUCAUGUCUUCAGUCAGCGUGGUUGACUUAGCAUCCAGGGUCAUGAGACAACAGGCAUAUCCAGAAGAGAAUUCAAUAGACUAUAUUCAACAUCUAGCCAUGGCUCAUGAGCAACAUGUUGAUCUACAUGACCCAGCUGCAGCCUUUUCUGAUCCACUCUCCCAUUUUACAGACUUGUCUUUUAGUGCUGCCUUAAAAGAACAGAGACUAGAAGAAAUAUUACUAGAUGAUACAAUAUCGCCACUUGGGAUAGACCCUCUUUUAUCUUCUGUGUCUCCUGCUGUAUCAAAAGGAAGCAGCCGAAGGAGCAGUUGCAGUUCAGGUGAUGACGUAUAACAUAGAAGAACAUUCCAUAGAUAGAAUAAAAGGAAUUCUCCCUUGCUUUAUUGGUGCUAUAUUUAUCUUACUGCUUAUUUCAGCAUAAUCAGGUUGGUUGCUGAUAUAAUCUGUUUUGGAAAGGGUUGAGUGUGAAAUAAAAAAUAAGAAAAUUUCCAACUUUAUAGAAAGUAGUAAAAUUUUACUCUUAGACAAGACAAGGGGGGGAAUACAUUUUCAAGAAGAACAUUACUUUUUCAUGCACACAGGGCAAACAUUUUGAAUGAGAACUUAAUUUAUUCAUUACAAAGUCUCUGAAUCAUGAAAAGAAGUUUAAGAUAACACUUUGGCCUCUGUGCAUGGAAGUAAUAUAUAGAAGACCUUUUAUGUAGAAACAUGUGUAAAAUCUACUUAUUUCUAUAACUCUCUUGUUUGGAAGUGAUGACUCAAACCAUCAGACAUUUUGUAUCAUUCUUAUUUUUUUUUACCAGGGAUGCUGCACAUACAUUACCUUGCAAUUUUAUUCCACUAUUGUAUUGAAGCAAGUUGAUGCUAGAGAAUGUUGGGGUCAAAGGUAGCCCACUGCAUAUCAAUCUAAAACUAGAGGUAUGUGUUCUAGUAGUUCAAUACUACUAUAGUUCAAGGAUGCUUGAACUAUUGAAAAUGAGAAGCAGGACUCUAAAAUAAACAUUUGAAGCAGGACCCUAAAAUAGAUAUCUGACAACUUCUAGAAAUUAUUCUAUGUAUCAUACUGCAUCCAUAAUAGCUUACAGAGAUUCAAAUUCAGAGAAUGUACUUCACAUCCUGGAAUUCUUGACAUUGAUCAUGAAAAUAUUUCCUAUCAAUUUAAAUUAUUUACUAAUUAGGAAUGAAUUAGCGGAUCAUAAACCUAACAGCAUGGAAAGUGUGCAUUAGGGAUAUAAAACUAUAUUGCAUGUGGGAAAAUAUCUCUAUCUUCACAUAAUUGGACUGCCCUAUUCCCCAUAAACAGGGUAUAGUGCCCAGCAGUAUCACUUGAAGGUGAAUUAUAUUAUUACAAAUUGGUGUACUUUGUCCCAGUGCAUUUUGGGGAUAAAAUCACCCAGUGGUUUGAAAAAGUCCAGGCCAUAUAAACAAAGGCCUAGAUUGAUUCAGCUUAAUAUUUAAAGAUGGUAAAAGGCCUAUUAUGAAUGUUAAUUAUUCCAAUCAUUGAAGAAUGGACAUUUUAUUUGAAUGGAGUAAUUGUACUACAGGAGUAUAGCUGUCUGAAACUAUACCCCAUUAAAGUCAGGAAAAAUGUUGUGGAAUUUAUUGUGAAUAUUAUUUGAAAUGAAAUAUCAAUGUUAGGUAGGAAAAAAGAGUAGAUUGGUAGAUAGGAAUCAAGGUCAAAGAGUUUGAAAAAAUCAGAAUUUUUUGCACUGGAGCAUUUCAUAUAUACUACAUAGAAAGCGUCUGUUUAUAAUACACACACACACACACACACACACUCAAACACUAUUUAUAAAGAUUUACCAUCCAAAAGUGAAACUAGUUGACUUUGGGAUAACCUUUGAAAAUUGGCUUAAGGAUGCACUUAAGGAAAUGCUUUUGUAAUAGAUGUCCAUGAAAAAAGAAGUUUAGUAGUAAGAGGCAUGGGUUACCUCAUUUUUGGCUAUAUGACAUCCUGGAGAAUAGCAUGAAAUUUUAAUACAAAAAAAAAAGUAGAAGUAUACAACAAGUAGGAUUGCCAAAGAAUCUAGGCAGUUUCAAAAUAACCUUAUGCUGGACACUUUCCUAAUGAAUAUAUUGAAAUUAAAUGGAUUAUAUGUCCAUUAUAAGUUAGAUUCUAUCGAAGUGCUUGCUAUUUUGUUUUUUAUUUUGAAUCUUGCAUUUUCAUCUGUAGUAUAAUUUUAUUGAUGAUGUUACAAUAUACAUUAUUUGUGUUUUAUAUCUCAAUUUAAAUAUUUUAACAAAGGAACUUGUAUAUUUUACCCCUCCCCCAUCUCCUCUAAAAAAACUAAAUGCACUUCAUGCAAAGAAGAUGUUAGAGCAAUUUGCACAGUUCUCUCUCUCUCUCUGACUCUUCUG